UGCGUCUCUCAUCAAGCCAUGGGAUCAUCCGUCAGUUGCUGCGGUAAUGAUAAAGUUGAAGAAGGUUUGACGUUGGGAGGAGGAGGCGAGAACGUCAAUCAAUGGAGAAUUUUCACCUACAAGGAGCUGCAUACGGCCACCAACGGCUUCAGCGACGACUACAAGCUUGGCGAAGGCGGUUUUGGGAGUGUUUAUUGGGGCCGAACCUCCGAUGGCCUUCAGAUUGCGGUGAAGAAGUUGAAGUCGAUGAAUUCCAAGGCGGAGAUGGAGUUUGCGGUGGAGGUGGAGGUGCUGGGAAGAGUGAGGCACAAGAAUCUGCUAGGGCUCAGAGGGUAUUGCGCGGGAAACGACCAGCGCCUCAUCGUCUAUGACUACAUGCCUAAUCUUAGCUUGCUCUCACAUUUACACGGCCAGUUCGCCGGUGAAGUCCAGCUUGAUUGGAAAAAGAGAAUGAAAGUCGCAAUGGGGUCGGCCGAGGGCAUAUUGUACCUGCACCAUGAAGUGACGCCGCACAUAAUCCACAGAGACAUAAAGGCGAGCAACGUGCUGCUGGAUUCGAACUUCGACCCGCUGGUGGCCGAUUUUGGGUUCGCGAAACUGAUACCCGAGGGGGUGAGCCACAUGACGACGCGGGUGAAGGGGACGCUAGGUUACCUGGCGCCAGAGUACGCCAUGUGGGGGAAAGUGUCGGAGAGCUGCGAUGUGUACAGUUUCGGAAUCCUUCUACUGGAGAUCGUGACCGGGAGGAAGCCAAUCCAGAAGCUUCCGGGCGGCGUCAAGCGGACCAUCACCGAGUGGGCCGAGCCGCACAUAAGCAAAGGCCAGUUUAAGGAUCUUGCGGACCCGAAGCUACGUGGGAAUUUCGACGAGAGGCAGCUCAUUCAGGCGAUUAAUGUGGCGGCGCUGUGCGUGCAGAGUGAGCCGGAGAAGCGGCCGACGAUGAAGGAGGUGGUGCAUCUCCUGAGUACCGCGGCGCCUGUGGCUGCGCGGAUCAAGAGCGUUAAGUAUUCUGAUGAUUUGAUGGCUCGUGAUCAGGAUGAUGAAGAUGAUGGUGAUGGGAGGAAUGGAUAUGAGGAUGAGAGCAGCGUCUACGGCGUUUUCGGGGCGUUGGAGGCGCAGAAGAUGGAGGCUCCCUUCCGGCGCUACGGGGAGAGGCGAUGA